UGAAGCGCGCCGAGUGUCAUGGCGUCCCCCGUGGUCGCCGUGAGGGUGAGGAGACGGGCAAGGCCGAGGCUGACGUGGGUGAGGUGAAGCCGGGCCAGAUGGAAUUGUUCGCUGCCAUGCUGGACAGUCUGAGGCAGGAAUUGGAUCAGAGAACAAAGAGGGCAGACGAGAGGGCACGCGAGCAGGCUCAGAGGGCAGAAGAGAGGGCACGCGAGCAGGCUCAGAGGGCAGAAGAGAGGGCACGCGAGCAGGCUCAGAGGGCAGAAGAGAGGGCACGCGAGCAGGCUCAGAGGGCAGACGAGCAGGCUCGCCAUCUUGCCGAGGUCCUCCAGAGCUGUUUCUCGUCGCUGAAGGUGGAAACCCAGCAGUACACCGACCAGGGCUGCGAUAGCGCGAGGAGUGAACGGCUGGAGGAGGUGCGGACCCAGGAAGGCGAGGUCCGAGGCCUGAGGGAGGCGGAGAGGCAGCUGCGAGAGGUGGCACCGUCGCACGUGGAGGAAGAAGGCUCAGUUCUGGCAGGAAGCGCCGGGGCGGCGGUCCUGCAGGGGCCUAUCUGGGGCCCCUGGCAAGGACUCCUGGAGCCUGGUAGCGUCGUGGCGGAACCAGUAGCUGCCGCAGGAGGUUGGGGAGCCCCCGCCUCGUUGCCUCCCUCGCCCCCUCCCUCUCCUCCAUGCCAGCCGGCUCGCAGGUCACGUAGUCCGCUCUCCCAUGGCAGCAGCGAGAGGUGGCAACGUGGUGCGGAGAGGAACAAGAAGCGUCACGUGGGCUGGAGGCGGGUGCACGGGUGGCGGACUGGCGGGGCUUCGCGUGGGGCCCCUGGCAAGGGCCCCUGAAGCCUGGUGGCGUCGUGGCGGAGCCGGUGGAGGCUGCAGGAGGCUGGGGAGCCGUUGAAGCCGCUCCCUUGGGUCCAGCUGGUGCUGGAGUCGGACCCAUUAACCCUGCCUCGUUGCCUCUCACCGCCUCCCUCUCCGCCAUGCUGGCCGGCUUGCAGCCCACGUGGUCCGCCCGCUCCCCGCUGUGGCCCCUCGGCCUCCCGGCGCUCAGGGAGGCUUAAGCCAGCGGAACACGACGGGAAGUUGGCAUGGGAGGCCCAGUUCAAGAUGCCAGCUGCUGCCCAGGGCUGGGGCGAGGAUGAGAAGGCGCUGCAGCUGACAACAGCGCUACGGGGCUCAGUGGACGGGCCCGGCCGCUUGGUGGGGAGCGCCGAGAGGACCUUGGGGCGGCCUAACAUGCCGGCCGCUACGCGACUCCGAGACGCGCCACAGAGGCUGUGGGCCGGUCUUACAGUCCUUUCGGGAGCGGCAAAACGAAAACGCGCACCAGGUUUGUUGGCUGGCGUACGAGAGCCAGGCGCCCGUCUUACACUCAAAGAUUUAGGCUUCUUUCAGACGGCGCGGGCACUGCCCGCGUCCGCGUUUAAGCGCGGACACACCCGCUUCCGCGUACCUUUUCAGACGGCGCGGGUGAAAACCACCUGCCACCCACGGGCCUCGUCAUCUGGCUCACCAGUUUGUGUUCUGCACGCACUAAUCAUGGACCGUGAUCGCCUUCGUCUCCUCUACCUAUUGCAUUUGCGAAAGAAGAAGAGACAUAGAAGGAGAUUAUGGAUUCAUCCCUUGAUUGCUGAAAGGAGCAAGACUGGAGCAUUCAACACACUUUUCCAUGAACUGAGACAGGAUAAUAUGAAGUUUUUCAACUACUUCAGGAUGUCCAUCACAACCUUUGACGAACUGCUUCACAAGCUGCAUGACCACCUCCUUCGGCAGGACUCUAAAAUGAGGGACUCAAUCAAGCCUGUUGAACGUCUCUCUGUUGCCUUAAGGUAAGGCUUACGUUUAUAAUAUAUUAUCAUUUAUGUCAAUUAAUAAAUUCCAUUUUCAAAAUGAUUGAAGAUACAUACAGUAAUUCAUGAUCAGUAUAAUCAUGACUUCACUUUUUUCACAGUACCACAACCAAUGCUUCUACCUUCACCAUCACCUUCAUUAUUAUUAUCAUCAUCUGCAGCAAGAGGAUGGACACAAACAUCGCUAACAUCCUUUUCAUUUAAUAUUUAGUAAAUGUUCUGCAUUAUAAUCACAACACAGUGACAGUUAGAUAAGUAAUGUCUCCUUAAAAAAUGUAAUACAAACGAUUUCAAGAAAGUAAUGAAGAACUUGGCACAAUUACUCACUUAAGUGAAUACAUUAUUAAAUGUCACGUAACUCAUAAGGUACAAAGUAGUUCAAGGCAAAGUAGUGUAUUUAUAUGCAAAGUUUGCAUCACAUGGGGAACCAAGCUCUGACACCUCAGAAGAUACUGGUGAAACUGAAGUACUACAUGUAGGCGGCGGUUGAACAUGUGACCCAUGCAUAUAUGGUGAGCUGUGUUCAGUUCUUUGUAGUCCACUUGAUGACGGAUUGUUCCAAUAGGGUGGAGGGUGUGAAGUGUAGGGGGCCCGCUGUGGCAGAAUGUAGGUUUGAUUCUGUGGUAAAUCAUGAACUUGAAGUGAACGGGUCUUUUUAAGGUUCUGGAUCAGACCAAUAACACCAGACUGGAACUGCAAAAUCUCAUCAUCGGUAAAUCCUUCGAGAGAGGGAAGAAGUCCUUUAAAAAAGGAAAUAUGACGGUUUUCUUCUGCUGCUAAAUGUUCCAGGAUUUCUCUCUCAAUGUCAACUUUCUUUUUCUUUGGAGCAUUCCUAACAGACAUUUUUGUUGCACUAGCUUCACCAACCUCGCUGGCUUUCUCCAGAACAUCGCUGUCUUCUCUUUCUUCAUCAAGUCCUCCGGGAGAUUUUUCAGAAUCAACUUCAAAGCUUGACUCUGUUUCCCUCAUGUCCAUAUUUACCUUUAAGAAAGAAAGCUGUUCAUGGAAGAUAUAGUUCUUCACAGUCUUUGCUGCUGAGCCACUCUUCCCUUUCCUCUUCUUGACCGAUUUGAUGUACUGAUCCUUGACAUUUUUCCACUUAUUUAUUAUCAGCU